AAAGAAAACAAAUCAUGUCUGAAGAUCUCAUGGUUCAUGAUCCUCGACCACUCAAACGGAUUUGUCUUUCAAGUCCAAUCGAUCCAAACCUAAACUUAUCACCAUCAGAACAUCAACCAAUCCAAUCGAAUCUUCCCUCUUCUUCUAGUCCUGGCUUAUCAAUCCCAGUCAGAAGGAAUGGUGCUUCUCAUCCGAUGAUACCACCUUCACAGUUGCGUAUCACCUCAUGCCCUUGUCUUACUGGCCCCACUGGACCAACCGAGGCAUUCGACGAGGAACAUACAGAACCCAACUUAUCAUCCAAGUCAUCAUCUCAAGCCAAUGAAGAUCAAACGCGUAGAUCUCAGCCGCGCCCACCACACUCGGAACCAGUUGAGAUGACUUCUUCGGGUCAGGGCCUCGCCUCUGUCUCUGGACUGAUCAGUGAACCCAUGGAAGAUUUCGAUGCCGAUCAUGAAGAGUGGGAUGAAAUGAAUGAUUGGAAAGAUUAUGAACAGACAGAUAUCGAAAUACUAGAUGAAGUUGAUAAUCAGAAUUUACAGUUAGGUAAACCAGAUGAAGGUGAUAUAUUUUAUAACCCACCUUCAAACUCAAAAAUCUCCUCACUCAAUCUCGCCCCCAUACCUAUCUCAAGAGAUCCUCCUCAAUCAUCUGGACAUCAUUCCUCGCGUGAUGGCUCUUCCCCUACGCGUUCUGUACGGGCCACAUUAGAGCCACCCACGCGUACCACAUCAUUAUUCACAACCGGUCAUCAACAACCCAUUAUCUUCAGAAACGCUGGUUCAUCAUCCUUUGGCAACGUUUUACCUUUCCGAGCGCCUUCCAAAAUCACAAAACAUACCAUCUCAUCUGUUCAUCCUCCUCCUGAGCCUCGAUUAACUCAAGAUGUACCUCUCUUGGGUUUCAAGACAGGUCAUGGUCGUACAGUGACUCCACCUUCUAAGCAUGCCGUUCAAAACGCCCUCGAUGGUCUCACCUCGGCGGAUUUUAUGUCGUCUUCACCUGAUCGAUCGGAACAUUUGCCAGAUUCUCCUACCCCUCAUACACGAGCCUUGAACGGCCCCCCAGUUUCUACUUCACCAAAAAGGUUCGGGCCAAAGAACAUUGUACAGCAUGAAUGUAAUAAGGAUGGGGAUUACAACCUUCCAAGCAAGCUCUCUUUUGUCGACGAGGAGAAUUCAAAUCUUGAGGGUCAGCCACCUAGAAAGAUACGAAUGCAUGAUUUGAGCACUGAUGCUAACGCUCUGGUUUCCCUCCAAUGGCGAUCGAUAUCUAGUCGGAAAAGUGUGAUGGAUCUUGCACCGUUCUUUGCACCCGCAAGACAAUCAAUUGCACAUUGGCUAGGUCCCCCAAAGUCAUAUACACCCCGACAACUUUUCACUUUGGGCGUUCCGGAAUCGAUUGUCUUUAUGACAGCCAAAUCAGCUAAACUUUGGCACUUCAAUUCGUUGUCUGAUGAACCGUUUGGAGCUAUCCAAGCACUUGGUGAACUUUAUAAAUCAGGAUGUUUACCUUCCAAAGCUACACCUGAAUGGUUGGCAUUGAAUUGGGAAAUGAUUAUACGGAAAUUUAGUGGGAUGAUUAGGUGGUUACCGACUUGUCGAUCGCGACUUUGGAAUCCUGCCUCAGUGGUACAACAAUUGAAAUAUAGGUAUGAGCGAGAGUUUAACUAUGGACAUCGAUCGGCUGUGAGGUUAAUGCUUGAUAAUGAAGCUCCACUUGGAGCACCUGUCUGUUUAUUUGUUUCAUCGAUCAAAUCCUCUCGAAACUUUUUAGAAGGUAAAGCGACAUGGAAAGCGAAUGAAUCGAUGACAGAUUGUAAACUUGAAUUAAGUGAUGGAUGGUACAAGAUCAAUUGUGUAAUAGAUGCCACUCUCUUUAGAGCCAUCUCAAAUGGAAGAAUCAAAGUAGGACACAAGUUAGCGAUCGGAGCAGUUUCACUUAGAUCAUCAUCUUUAAAUCAAUCGAAUCCAUCAAGAGUCGUUAAUGAAUUAAGUGUAGAUGAGCCUGAAUUGGUUUUAGAAGGAAAUUCUACGUCACGAGUUCGUUGGUUUGAAACACUUGGAUUUCGAAUCCGUCCUUGGUUCUCGAGUCUUCGAAGCUUAAGUUUUGAUGGUGGUAGAGUCUCUAUGAUGGAUAUCUUGAUUCUUAGAAUGUUUCCUUGUUUGUUUAUUGAUGAAGAGAAUCCUUAUAAUCGAUGGGGAGAAGUAGAAGAAAUUGAAAAUCAAGCGGCUUGGGAGAGUUCAAGACAAAUUGAAAUGGAAAGAAUCUCACAAGAAAGAAAUGAAGAGUAUCAAAGCUUGAUUAGUACUAGAGAUUUAAUUAAUGAUAUGUUUUUAAACCGAUCAGAAGGCAACAUUAGUCCGAAAAAGAAUGAAACCGAUUCGAAUUUACCUUGCAUAGACUUUGAUGUGGAUGAUGUUAUAGAAGGUUUAUUGGAUGAGAAGAUGAAUUAUUUAGAUUUGAAAAAGUAUUCGAUGGACGAAUUGAGUGAAGUUUUGGAUGGGAUUAAAAGUAUGGUAGAUCGAUUUGAAAGAUCAGGUCCAGAUGAAUUACAAAAAACUUUAAAUGAAAGAGUUCCAUUAAGAAAGAUUAGAAAAGUAUGUACAUUAAGAAUUCAAGAUUUUCAUAGUUUUAGGUAUACUUCAAAUCAAAGAACUGCUCAAUUAUUAAUUCAAGAUGUAAGUCAACUUAAUGAAGGUUUAUUAAAAGAAGGACAAAGGUAUUGGGUACAAAAUGUUCAACCACAGAAAAAUGUUAGAUGGGAUGCUAGGUUGGAAAGAGUUGAAUUGUUGUUGUGUACUAGAAGAGAUACUAAAUGGCGUUGGAUUAAAACAGAUGAAUGAUCUUGAGUUACUUGAUUGCUUUUAAUGAAAACGAAGGUAGUCUUAUAUGUAUCAUGAUGAUGAAUUCAUGAUGCGAGAAGAGAAGAGAUUGGAUCAUGUUUUGAUUUUGGUUUUGUUUUGUUUUUUAUGUUUUCGGUUUUGAUUUUAUAGUUUUGCUUUGUUUUGUGUUUGGUAUAUAUGGUUUUAAGUAUAAAUCUUUUUGUGCGCAAUGUUUGAUACAUACAAAUUUCACUUGGUUUUUUUCGCUCAUCUUUUGUUUAAGAUAUGUAAAAGUUUUUUGAAGAUUGUUUGUAUUUAUAUAUACAUAUAUAUGGAGGUAGUGAAAAAUUUAAAUCAAGGGAGUUGUGAUUCUUU